AUGACAAUGAAGUUCACUGUGAAGGCAUGGAGCAAUGGCAGAGCCCGGGCAGGCCUUCUCCAGCUGGGAAGCUGCGAGCUAGAAACUCCAGCUCUCCUCCUCACUACCCGUAAAGGCCUGCCCGUUUUCAUUUCACCUGACCUCAUGCCUUCUCUUCCUUCCCCCGACUCUCGCCUACUCCAAUUCAGCCCCUUCCACUUUUUAGAUACCAUUUCUCCGAAAACUUUGUCUGAAGUAGGUGGGCUGCACCAGAUGCUUGGUUUGAAAGAACAUAUAUUUGUCGCCGUUCCAAGGGAUUCCAUUUUGUCCCUUCCAGAUUAUGGGAGUACUAACAGGAUCGGUGCAUCUUUCGAGACUCCUUGUGGUCGACGCCUGAUAAAGCCAGCGGAAUAUAUGCAAAUGAUAUCUUCAAUGAAGCCAAAUAUGUGGGCCACGUUGGCAGAUGAAGUGCCUGCUUGGGUUUCAGAGAAGAGGAACAGGACCUCAGUUGACCGUACAGUGAGAUGGAUGAACGAUUGCAUUACCUCAAAUUUGGCUACCACUUCAGGUGGUGCUGUUUUUGGAUCCAUUGUGGGAGGUUCUAGUGUAGAAGAACGCCAACGUUGUGCACAAGAAGUUGCCCAGCAAAAUGUAUCAGGUUAUCAUAUUGGCGGCUUUGGCCUUGGAGAGAGUAUGGAGGAGCGCCCUUCCCUCCUCAGUGCUGUUACAGAUAUUUUACCAGAGGAAAAGCCACGACAGAUAAGUGGCCUGGGACUUCCAGAGGAAGUUUUGCAGGGUGUUGCUGCAGGCAUUGACAUAUUUGAUUCUGCGUAUAUUUACCAUAUUACGCUAGGAGGCUUUGCACUUAUAUUUCAUCCAGAGAAAACCAGGAGAAAUGAUUACGAUGAUCAACUAUGUGAUACUAGCAGUGAUGACACAAAGAUUAAUCUCAAAGCAACCAUUUACCGAAAAGAUUCGUCGCCAAUUGUUGAGGGUUGCAAUUGUUACACGUGCCAGAAUCAUACGAAGGCAUAUAUAAAUCACUUGCUUAACGUUCAUGAAAUGUUGGCUCAGAUUCUACUAGAAAUACAUAACACUCACCACUAUCUGGGAUUCUUUCGGUUGAUAAGAGAAGCGAUUAAAGAAGGAAGAUUUGAUCAAUUCCGGGAAAAGUUCAUCAGGAGUAGACGCGACCAUAUCUUCGAUACUGCUGCUGCUGCUGCUGUAAGUGCAUGA